CUCUUGGUGGGAUUCUCUGUCGUGUUACAGAGCAGAUUCAGCAAAAUCGUCGAUUGCUUAAAGUAAACGAUCGAUUUGCAGCCAUAGCUGUUUACAUCCUGGGAGCUAUGAGAGGAAGAGAAGUACGAUUUUCUCUUCAGUCUCGAGAAAAUCCACAACUGUGCCGUCGAUGAGGGUUUCAAAGGGUUUUUCAAAGUUAAGAGUGUUUUGCCUGUAUUUACCCUCUUCCACCAUUUAGACCUUUAUCGGAUUUUUUUACGAGGAGCUGACCCACUUUCUCCAAUUAAUUUCUGUCCUGGAUUUUAAAAGAAGUUUCAUUUUCAUAUUUUUGGCGCUAUUGCAUGGCUAUGUGGAUUACUGGGAAAACUGAUCACUCCACCCGAAGAGAUGCCUUGUUCACUGAUUUAUACCAAGAGUGCAAGCUGGCUCCACCAGCAGCUCGUCUCUCCUAUUCCCUCAGAGUGCGACUUGAAAGAUUUCUCCAGCCUGAGAGACGAGAAAUAGCAUGCCGGAUGAAAGAAGGCUGUGCUCCUCUCUUUAUUGCUUGCAAGAAAGGCAAUGUAGAAAUUGUUGAAUACCUCAUCACCAUUUGCGACGCGGACGUUGAACAGAGGGGAAAAUACGAAGUACCAGAUGAUCGUUCAGUUCACAAUGUUACCCCUCUUUGGUGUGCUGCGGUAGCGGGCAAACUGCCAGUUGUUAAAUGCCUAGUGCAAUAUGGAGCCGAUGUCGACAGUAUGUCAGACACGGGUUCGACGCCAGUUCGCAGUGCUUGUUUUAUGACACAUUUGGAAAUUGUACAGUUCCUUGUCGAAAGUGGAGCCAAUAUUUUGCGAGCAAAUUAUAACGGUGGAACAUGCCUCAUCAACUCAGUCCAGAGCGUCCCAUUGUGUGAAUAUCUUUUGCAACACGGCGCCGCUGUCAAUGCUUUGGAUAUACAACAAAAAACGGCUCUCCAUUAUGCCAUUCAAGAACAUCGAUUGGAAACCACUAAAUUGCUGCUGCAGUACCAAGCCGACCCAUAUUUAAAAAGCCGUUACGGCGAUGACGCGUUACAAACUUCCUGCUUGAAAGGAGCGACCCAGAUAUUCGAAUACCUCAUCGCCAAUGUCCCUUACAGUUUGGAGCGGAUCGCUGACGCUUACGAGUUAAUGGGUUCGACGUGCCUUGACGAACACCAUGAUUUGCAAUUAGCUUUACAGUACUGGCGGAACGCUAUCCAAUUGCGCAACCGUGACGCUGCUUCUCCUAUUAUCAAAGGCAUCUGUCCACCGGCCGAACAUUUCAACAAUGCCAUCGAGUUUCAAACAUUGGAAGAACUGGAUAACCUCUCAACAGAUCUAGAUGCUAUGCGUACCCAAAGUUUGUUGAUAUGCGAGAGGAUUUUAGGUUCAACACACAAAGACGCGAUAUUCCGUUUCAUGUAUCGAGGAGCAGCAUACGCCGAUAGCCUGCGCUACCAGCAGUGCAUUGACUUGUGGAAAUACGCCCUACAAUUGAGAGUGCUCAAGGAUACGUUGCUCUAUAACGAAACCUGUUUCGCUGCACGGGCUCUGGUGCGCAUCUUCCUCGACCUCCACGAAAAACAUGAACGCGGACUUCUGCGCGAACCCUUGCGCCCGACUGACGUCAUGUCGGCCUUUACUCUAAUAGUGGAUAAUAUGGAGGCGUCGUUGGAAUUGCUCUACGUUCGACCUGUUUUCCGCCGACAUCAAGAAAAUUUCGACCGUAUCCUCAACUGCCUGAGCCAUUUACUGUUUUUAUUGACAUCGAUCGAUUCGAAUCGAACGGACAAGGCCAGACUAAUUGAACUCGUUUGUCGAGUGGUACGGAUAGACCCAAGAACCUCAAACGGAGAAUCUCUGCUGCAUCUUGCCGCCAAUCGGGACAACACAAUUAAAAGCAGCACUUAUUUUGAUGAGCCACAGGGUACCUUCUUUCCGUCUGUCAAGGUAGCUCAGCUUCUCAUUGAUUGCGGGGCCGAUGUUUCGUCCCUAGAUCAAAAGCGCAACACUCCUCUUCAUACUGCUGCCAAAAUCCAAAACUAUCACUCGAGUCUAGUUGAAUUAUUGCUCCAUCAGGGUGGUCAUAUUGACCAAAUCAACGGUGAUGGCGAGCGCCCUGCCAGCAUGUUACUCAAGCUGCCCACAUGCACUAUUCACCCAUUACAGUACAUAAGUUUACGAUGUUUGGCUGCCUCUGUCAUAAAGAAUCAUGGCAUCAGCUAUCGAGGUGAAGUGCCAGUCUCUCUAGAACCGUUCAUUGAAAAGCAUUGAGCUUUUACUCUUUUUUUUGGGGGGUUAACAGAACGAUUCAAAUUAAUGAUGAUCUUACCUAAUGAACUGUUAUACAUUUUUGACUAGCCAUAAUCCCCCUCCCCAUCCUUCAUUUGUAAAUAAGAUGAAAAGAGGUAAAAUUUUACUAGCAAAAGGCAGUUGAGACCGUCUACUACUCGAUGGCGCAUCGCGCCUUUUAAAUGCUUUAUUCUGUUGUAAUUGUUUGAAAUUUUCUUCUUCCUUCGCCUGAUCCAUUUUAGUGUUAUUACGCAACAACUCAAAGAUGAACAUACUACGUCGAAUCUCUUGUUUUAUUGUUUGUUUCAUUUGUGUCGUGUGCAAGCUGUAGAUUGUGCGUUGUAGGAAAGAGACAAAAAACGCAACGGGAAAACUUUA